ACUUCAGAGCAAGAAACCACAGCAGCAGAGCUAAGCUAGCUAGCAGGCCGAUCGAGCAAAGAUCGAUCGACCAUGGCUGCCGCUGGUAAGAAGCUUGCCGUCCUCGUCGCCUUGCUUGCGCUCCUCGUCGGGCCCUCGGCGGGCCUGUUGGGCUCCGGACCCGGUUGCUCCGUCUACGUGGGUUGGCCGGUCCCCGUGUUCUUGCGCUCCCUGAUCUGUGGGAUCCUGGGCCAGCCCUACACUCCUCCGAUCUGGAGGGCCGAGCCCACAGGCGCAGGGCUCAGUGUCGGCUACUACAACAACCCCAACAACACCAACUCCUACUGCCCCGGCGCGGAGGCGGCCGUGAGGAAGGCCGUGGAGAACGCGAUCUACCAGCAGGGGCGCGGCAUUGGCGCCGGCCUCAUCCGUCUCUUCUUCCACGACGCCUUCGUUCGGGGGUGCGACGCUUCCGUUCUCCUCAGGAGCACGGCCCUCGCGGGGAGCGCCACGGAGAUGGAAGGGCCCCCCAACAAGGACAGCCUGCGCGGAUUCGAGGUGAUCGACGCGGCCAAGGAGGCCACCAAGGCCGCCUGCGGCGGCCGCAACGUGGUCUCGUGCGCCGACAUCCUCGCCUUCGCCGCGCGCGACGCGUCCGACAUCCUCAGCGGCGGCAAGAUCAGCUUCCCCGUGAUGGCGGGGCGCUACGACGGCCGCGAGUCCUUCGCCAACGAGACCGUCCAGCUGCCCGGCCCGGACUCCUCCCUCCAGGAGCUCCAGAUGAUGUUCGCCGCCCAGGGCCUCAGCUCCGCCGACAUGGUGACGCUCUCCGGCGCGCACAGCAUCGGCCGCGCCCGCUGCCUCUUCUUCACCGGCCGCCUGUCGGCCAUGGACCCCGACUACGCCCGGCGGCUGAACGAGAACUGCAACGGCACCGGCAGCCCCAACAACAGGGUGGACCAGGACCCCGAGACCUCCGACGUGCUGGACAACCAGUACUACAAGAACAUCGACAAGUUCGUGCUGUUCCGUUCGGACGCCGUGCUCGUCUCGUCCCCGGCGACCAAACAGCAGGUGGACGUUAACGUGGCCAAUCCGAGCAGGUGGGCGAGCGACUUCGCGGCGGCGAUGGUGAAGAUGGGCAACAUCGGGGUCAAGACCGCCCGCAUCCCCAACGAAACCGAGAUCAGGGAUUUAUGCUGGAGAGUCAACGCUUAGCUUUGCCCUGGUCGUGCGUAGCUGCUGCAUGCAUGUGAUCGAGGAUAUGCAUGAAGACUAUUUCCUCACCUAGUACUAUACUACCAUGAACUGCUGUUGUUUGUUGUUGUGUUUUAUAAUAAUACCAUUCUAUGUGCUGUGUUCACUACUUUUUAUUGCACAUAUAUUUCAGUUUGUGAUUUUGCUGUAA